GAAAAUUCGUCAGAACCGGUCUGGUUAUUGUUUCUACUUCGCUUUUAAUUCGCAGCUUGUCGCGGACUCAAAAAUAAUUUAUACUUGACCAAUUUAAAUAUACUUUGAAACAAUUCAACGUACCGCGUUUUUGACAUAUCGAACACAAUUAAAGCUCACUGACAAAGAAGAAACACACCUAGACUGCUCCGUAUUGUCUAACAUUACUAACACACACAGGCGUCGGAGCGAUUACGAAAAAUUUCCACACAUACCCGCCUAAGCGCAGCGUCGUCAAACGAAACGUCAGUCUAUACGAAAUAGAAAGUAAAAAAGAACGCUAAAAUGACUUCGGACAUAACAAGGCAGUUGAUUGCCAUUUUGGAGAAGACGGUAUCGCCAGACAAAAAUGAACUGCUGUCGGCAAAGACUUUCCUGGAGCAGGCUGCCGAAAGCAAUUUGCUGGAAUUUCUUAUUGCGUUAUCGAAAAUUCUUGUCGACACCACAAAUAGUGUUGUGGCGCGUAUGGCGGCUGGUCUUCAAUUGAAAAAUCACUUAACGAGCAAGGACGAGAAGAUUAGCCAACAGUAUCAAGAGCGCUGGCACCAAUUUCCGGAGGAAACUCGCGAGAUCAUCAAGAAUAACAUACUUAAUGCUUUGGGUACUGAAAAUACGCGACCAUCUUGCGCUGCCCAAUGCGUUGCCUAUGUGGCUGUCAUAGAGCUGCCCAUCAGUCGUUGGGGCCUACUCAUACAGACACUUGUCAACAAAGUCGUGCACGAUGGGUCGACGGAAAUGCAUCGCGAGGCGGCGCUGGAGGCCAUUGGUUAUAUAUGCCAGGACAUCCGCUAUGGCGUUCUUGAGAAUCAGUCCAACCAGGUGCUCACAGCCAUAAUACACGGCAUGCGGAAGCAGGAGCCCAGCAACCAUGUGCGUUUGGCUGCCACCACAGCGCUGCACAAUUCUCUGGAAUUUACGAAGGCCAACUUUGAAAAGGACAUGGAGCGCAACUUUAUAAUGGAGGUAGUCUGCGAGGCUACACAGUCGACAGAUACCCAAAUAUGCGUAGCUGCCUUACAGUGUCUGGUGAAGAUUAUGUCUCUCUAUUAUCAAUUCAUGGAGCCCUACAUGGCACAGGCGCUCUUUCCCAUAACACUGGAGGCUAUGAAGUCGGAUAAUGAUGCCGUUGCUCUCCAGGGCAUUGAGUUCUGGUCGAACGUGAGCGACGAGGAAAUCGAUUUGGCUAUCGAGAGCCAAGAGGCCACCGAUCAGGGACGUGCACCACAGCGUGUUUCGAAGCAUUAUGCGCGUGGAGCCCUGCAGUUCCUUACACCGGUGCUUAUGGAGAAGCUGACCAAGCAGGAUGAGUGCGAUGAUGAGGAUAACUGGAAUCCAGCCAAGGCCGCGUCAGUUUGCCUAAUGCUGCUUGCCACCUGCUGCGAGGAUGAAAUUGUGCCGCACGUCUUGCCAUUUAUCAAGGAACACAUUGAGUCACCAGAUUGGCGUUAUCGCGAUGCUGCCGUCAUGACAUUUGGCUCCGUGCUUAGCGGAUUGGAAACAAACACGCUGAAGCCGCUCGUGGAGCAGGCAAUGCCUACAUUGAUACGCCUUAUGUACGAUUCUAGCGUCAUAGUGCGCGACACUACUGCCUGGACAUUUGGACGCAUCUGCGAUAUAAUCCCUGAGGCAGCAAUUAACAAGACAUAUCUACAAACGCUGCUCGAAUGCUUUGUAAAGAGUUUGAAGUCGGAGCCUCGUGUGGCCGCCAAUGUAUGCUGGGCAUUUGUUGGACUGGCCGAUGCUGCCUACGAGGCAGCAGUUACCACUGAGGGCGAGACCCCAGAAACUUAUGCUCUCUCGCCAUACUUUGAGUUCAUUAUCACACAGCUGCUGGAGACCACGGAUCGCACAGAUGGUGCUCAGGCCAAUUUACGUAGCGCCGCUUACGAGGCAUUGAUGGAUAUGAUUAAGAACUCGCCCUUGGAUUGCUAUCUUGUGGUGCAGCGUACUACUAUUGUUAUAUUGGAGCGCCUCAGUCAGGUCAUGCAGAUGGAGAACCACAUUAGCAACCACAGCGAUCGCCAUCAGUUUAAUGAUUUGCAGUCUCUGCUUUGUGCGACAUUGCAGAGUGUGUUGCGGAAGGUGCGCGAAGAGGAUGCACCGCAAAUAUCGGACGCCAUCAUGACUGCUCUGCUGACCAUGUUCAAUUCUAGCGCUGGCAAAUCGGGUGGCGUGCAAGAGGAUGCCUUUAUGGCCGUAUCCACGCUGGUUGAGCUGCUCGGUUAUCAAUUCUCCAAGUACAUGCCGGCAUUUAAUGACUUUCUCAUUAUGGGUUUGAAGAAUCAUCAGGAGUACCAGGUGUGCUGCGCCUCUGUUGGCCUAACUGGGGAUAUUUGUCGCGCUCUCAAGCAACUGAUCGUUCCAUAUUGCGAUGAGAUCAUGUCCGUACUGAUGAAUAACCUGGCUGAGCCAAAUCUACACCGUAGCGUCAAACCACAAAUUUUAUCGGCCUUUGGCGAUAUGGCGUUGAGCAUUGGUCACGAUUUUCUGAAGUACUUAAAUGUGGUUUUGGAAAUGUUGCGCGCCGCUUCGAAUUUACAGAUCGAUGCCAAUAACUAUGAUAUGAGCGAGUACAUCAAUGAGUUGCGUGAGAGCGUGCUGGAGGCCUACACUGGCAUUAUACAAGGCCUCAAGGGUGUGGAGCAAACACCCAAUCCAGAUGUGUAUAACUUGGAACCACAUCUAAUGCACAUUAUUGAUUUUAUCAAGCGCGUUGCCCAUGAAGGCGAAGUUUCUGAUUCCAUGGUAGCUAGUGCUGCGGGCGUUAUUGGCGAUUUGUGCACAUCGUUUGGGCCACGCUUGUAUCCCAUACUGGAUGAUGUGAUCAUUACGCAAUUCCUUACCGAAGGCAAGCGCUCCAAGGUGCAACGCACCAAAAUGCUCUGCACUUGGGCGGGCAAAGAGAUUAAGAAGAUGAGCAACCAGGUCAUUGCGCAGUAAACUCAACUGAUCAACUUUAACAACAACAAAAGCACCUCCCAAAAUCUCUCUUGUUCCCCAUAACUUAUAUGUAUGCAGCCAAACCUGUCCAGUCCGAAUACAAAUUCAAUAAAAGUUCCAAUCUGCAAGUUUGUUUGUCCGAUUUAUAUAGUUGCUGUGCGACGCCUAUCGUUUAAGAAACUCUUUGUUUUUAAGCCUUAGUUCUAAGUCUAAAUUCAGCUAUGAUUACGAUAUUUAUGUGUGAAAAAAUCUAGCAAAAUAUUUCGAAUGCCCAUCUUUUCAUUUGAGCAAUUCUAAAUUGAUUACACAUUCUAGUAAAUUCCGAUUUUAUACAUCAACAAAAUGCAAACGGAAACACAAGAGAUUUGUUAGCCAAAAUUAUGUCAUUGUCUCUAUUGAGCUAUUAACCUAAGUAAAACAAAAUCGGUAGUAAAAUUAUUACAAAAAAUACAAAUUAAAAAUCGAAAAGAAAUGCUAAAUUGUACUACACCGUUAAAUUGCAAAACAAAAAAUAUUUAUUCUUUAAGUUACAACUAUGUAAAAUUCCCAAAACAAAAAAACUAAAAAAAAAAAAAUGAAUGAGGAGUGAAUGUUAUUAAAAGAUGACCCUAAUCGUAUGUGUGCGUGUGUUAGUGUGAAUGUGUUUUUAUAUGAUUGGUAUGCCUGUGUGUGAGCUGAUUAAGAAUAUAUUGUAAAUUUGUGUGAUUGAAAAAGAAAACAAAAGUGAAGUCAAUGUGAUUUGUCUGCGAAAAGAAAAGACAACAAGGCUUCAAUGCUAGCGCAAAUAAAAUUUUUCAGGAAGCUAACUACUCCAUAAGUUUAAGUGUGAAUCUGUGAUGAAUGAAUGACCUGGGUGUGGGUGUCUGAACUGAGAACUGAGCUAAUGUACUGUGGGGAAAUCUUUCCCGCUAUAGGUAUGAAUUUUAAUUGCGCGCGUGUGUGGGCGUGUGUUGUGUGAUAUUACUAAAUGUAAGAGCAUUUUCAAAAUGAAAACUGUAAGCUUAAAACCGAUACUGAAAUGAAAUUUGAUAUGAUAUGAAUGAUACAAUAAAAUAUAAAGAAAACAAAACACCAAACACCAUAAAGGAUUUUAAACGGAUUCAAUUUCAAGACUAAAUUAAGUACGUUGACAUGAGCACAUGUUAUGUUGAUUUAGUCAUAACUCAAAUGCAACAAAUAUAUAGAAAUAGAAAACACCCAACGAUUUUAAUGCGUUGUAAAAAUCUAAGUAAAACAGUCAAAAGCAAUCUUAUUCAAACUUCUUCCAUACGAACUGAGUUGAGCAAGCAAUAACAACCAAGCUACUACCUGCAAUCAUACAUAUAUAUAUAAAGAUAGACUUUUAGAGUCAC